AUGAGUCCCAUUUCAACCGAAGCAUUAAGUCCAUCUAUUGACCAUUUAAUUUCCAAAAGGUCUAAAAGCAGAACAUUCAGACAUUUCGGCUUGGCCGAUUUAGAAGGAGCCCCAGCCGAUUUUAAACCCCAUCCAAAACCUUUAUCCUUAAGUUUUGGUAAGCCAAAUGAGCAGUAUUUCCCAAUUGAUAAGAUCACGGUUGAUGUUGAUAAUUAUCCUUUCCAAAAAACUUUAUUUCCAAAUGAUAUUUUAGAAGGAAAUUCAAUCACGAUUCAAAGAAAUGGUGAAAGCCUUCAAGAAAUUGGUAUUGAUGAAGCUUUACAGUACGGUGAAGUUAAUGGAUUACCUGCUUUUAGAGACUUUCUUCUCAAAUUCACUGAGAAAGUUAAUAAGCCAAAUUAUCAUGAUUGGGAUUUAAUUCCAACUAAUGGCAGUGGUGAUGGAUUAAAUAAAGCAGCUGAUGCAAUUUUAGACCCAAAUGAUGUUAUCUUGUUAGAAGAAUUCACCUUCAUUCCAUUUACUAAUGCAAUUAGAAACGUCGGGGCUAUACCAGUGCCAACCAAAUUGAAUUUUGAUAAAGGAGGUGAUUUCAACGUUGAAUACUUGCAAGAUUUAUUAGAAAAUUGGCAUCAAUUGAAUCCAAACUUGAAAAAACCAAAAGCCCUUUACUUAAUUCCAACUUGUCAAAACCCAACCGGUUUAACCCACUCUUACCAAACUAGGGAAAAAAUUUAUGAAUUAGCUCAAAUUCAUGAUUUUAUCAUUAUUGAAGAUGAUCCUUAUGGGUAUUUAACUUUACCUCCAGUAUCUAAACCAGACUUAGCGAAUAUUAAAGACUUUGACAUCUCGGUUGAUGAGUACUUAGCAAAUCAUUUAAAUCACUCGUAUUUGAAAUUAGAUACUCAUGGUAGAGUCCUUAGAUUAGAAACAUUAUCAAAAGUUUUCGCUCCUGGUUUAAGAUUGGGGUUCAUAGUGGGCCAUUCAAACGUUAUUAAAUCAAUAAGAGGCUAUUCAAAUAUAGUCACCAGAGCUCCUUCGGGUACUUCUCAAUUGAUCUUUACCAACAUCGUAACCAAGAAGUUCGGUGGCGUAGACGGAUACUUGCAAUGGAUCUUGAAAAUGAGAUUGGCCUAUAUCCAUAGAAGAAAUGUCUUGAUUCAUAGUAUAAUCACCUCAAAAGCUUAUGAAAGUAACUACUUAUCCAUCAUUAACUGUGACUCGGGUAUGUUCGCCGGAAUCAAAUUGAACUUCCCACAAGGCACCGAUAACGUGGAGAAAUUGAAACUUUUAAACUUCAAGUUCUUACAAUAUGGGGUUAACGUUGUUCUUGGUUUUAAAAUGGCUGUUGAUUUGGAUUUUAGCCAUUCAAAUGCAAAUUUUCUUAGAAUUUGCUUUGCUGCCGCCGAAAAUGAUCUCGAGUUGCAAGAAGCAGGCUCCCGGUUGUCAAACGCAGUCUUUGAGUUCUUCCAAAAUGACCUCCAGUUUUAG